GCGAAAGCGGUGGGGGCUACUGGAAGGCACGAAUAGCAUCGUCUGACAUCUCAUCUCACGUCUUCAUUCGCGUCACUUGCCUCGUGUCUGAUGCCCUUGUCAUCUGUGGAAAUUGUGCGAAAUUGCCGUCACCAGCCAAUAAUUAUUCCUAUGACGUCGGACGCAUCGCAUGCCCCGAAGGGUCCAUUCCCAGAGCAUGUCGCCUAACACUAGCCUCCCUUCAGGCAGCGAUGGACCUACCUCUGGAAGUAAGCCUAGACCCCGAGAAAAGGCCCGCCGCCGAAAUCGGGUUAUAUAUUCCUGUCUAGAGUGUCGCCGGAGAAAAAUGAGAUGUGACAGGACCGAUCCCUGUCAAAAUUGUCGCGCAUCGCAGCAAGAGUGUGUUUAUAUCAGUUCGGCGAACGAAGAUGCGCAAUUCCGUCAAAGAUUGACUGAGCUUAAGGAGGCGCAAGAUGCAAUCGACGACACUCUUCGAGGGGGCGUAUAUGACCGCCCUAAACCCCCAACAGGUGGCUCACAGCAAAAGCGCGCCAGGCAACCUGAACAGAUUCCGACAGAUGAUACGGAUAGCUCUGCCGAUGACGGAUACCUGGAACCAACGCCCCUGGCAGUGCAAGACGCAGCCUACACAGAUGAAGCCGAUGAUGAUGUUGAAGAUCUUGGCUUCAGGAUUGGCAGAAUGCGGAUGGGAGAAAGAGUAGGAGGAUUUUACCGCCCAAAGAUUGCCGAUGAAAUCUUGGCCUCACUUCAACAGAGCCCCAGAAAGUCAUCUCAAUCAAUACCAUCACCGAUGACUCCUGGUACGAUAGAAGAGCUGUUACAACCCGGACCGUAUUUUACAGCCCCUUCCAUCAAUUUGUUAUUUAGCGAGGUUUCUUCCCGAGAGGAUUUGAUGCAGUACCUUCCUCCUCGAAGCAUUGCAGAUGGCCUGCUCAACUGGUAUUGGGAUGCAGUUCACCGAGUGGCUCGAGUUGUUCACCGACCAUCAUUCGCCCAAAGAUACGAGACUCUAUGGGAGACGAUAGAGACCGGGUACCAGCCACCACCCUCGCUAGCAGCAAUUGUCUAUUCUAUUCUUUUUUCUGCCUCGGUUGCCAUGUCCGAAGAACAGGUCUUUGAACUUUGUCAAUGUUCUAGGCAGGAACUGAAAGAUAGCUUGCAACUAGGUACCGAGCUCGCUCUCGGCCGAGCACAUCUGCUUAGAGCAAGCAAGACUGAGACCAUACAAGCUUUUGUUGCAUAUUUACUCCCAAUGUGCCUCAAUGAGAUAUCUCGAGCCCACUCUACCUUAACAGGCAUGUUGAUUCGACUGGCUGAGUGCAUCGGGCUUCACCGUGAUCCUGCUGAGUUUGGGUUCUCCCCGGCGGAUUGUCAGACGCGACGCUUGGUCUGGUACCAGAUCUGCUAUCUUGAUCUCAAAACAAGCAUCGUUCAAGGACCUCGACCAUUCAUCCAAAGACACGGGUACACGACCAAACUGCCUCUGGAUGUGGCUUCAUUGCAAUCUGCAAACAAUCAACCAACUUGGAAUGACAUGAUCCUGUCCAUGAUUCGAUUUGAAUGCCAGGAAAUGCAACGGCAAAACAUCGAAUUUCGCACCAAGCUUGACCUAAAGAAACUCACAUUGACGAAUGUGGUAUCAAAACUAGGGGCGUUCCGUACCGAGAUGGAUGCCAAGUACGGCCUUUAUCUCAAUGUAGCCUCUCCAACACCGAUGCAAAGAAUGGCCAGUCUAACGCUCAAAAUGUUCGACGGCCUCCUCUAUGUCAAUACCUUGAGUCGAUAUAUGACUAGUGUGACCUAUCGGAUUCCUGACAGAUUGCGCCAAGUUGUACUAAUUAAAGGCACGGAAGCUCUGGAAGCUUCCGUGGAGCUGGAAAUAGCAAAAGACCUCCAGAAAUGGGUCUGGUGGAGUUCCUCCUGGCAGGGAUAUCAUUCUGCAUUCCUGCUGCUUUUCGAAGUUUUCAAUUUUCCACUGCGCAGGGAAGCAAGCCGCAUAUGGAAGUGCCUGGAAUUUAUCUUUUCGGAUGCAUUGGUCCAUUUCCCUCCGGUGGAGCAGAAAGAAGGGCCUUUGAAUAUUCAGAAACUUAUUGCAUACAGGGAUGGAAAAGCAAGGUUCUUGCUUACAUUGAUCGCUGAACACGCGCGUGCUUACCAAAAAGCGAAAGGAGUGAAAAUGCCGGUCCUGUUCAAGGACUCGAUGAUUGUUGUUACGCCCCAUAAGGAUGGUGAUGAUUCUGAUCCUAGAAUGCCGCUGAACUACGCUCAUGAGGAGCCCGAGGGAGGAGCAGGUUCUUCCAAUGCGACAGGGAUUCCAAGCAGUAUCACCCCUGGCCGUGCUGGGAAACAAUCAGAAAUAACCCAACCGCCCUCAAAGAUGUCAAGUGAAGGCCGUGCAGGUCCUCCUUAUGAAUUCUUGCGUACUACAGACAACACGGCGAUACAUUCCAGUGAAUUCUCUCCCUGGGUGCAGGUAGAAGAGGGAGAGUUUGAUGGUGACGGCAACCUAAUGCGUAAUACCAGUCCUCAUGCCUACUCGAGGAAUCUGGCCCCCAACGAGGGCUCAUCGGCAACAUAUGGCGAGACAAUUACACAACCGAAAGAUGUGGACCCCCAAAUGUUAGAGAUUGACUGGACCCUGUGGGACAGGAUAUUCCCACCGCAAAUGAACGAUGGGCACUUGGAUAUCUCCGAUGAUGGCUUUUGGAACAUAGGUGAUGACCUUGUCUAGAAGAGUCUCUAAAAUGGAAAAUAUCGAGCCAAAAAUCAAAAAAAAGAAUGUCCCCUCCCUUUUCAUAAGUCCAGCACCCAACAUCAAG